AUGAACACUCCACCAUCAUCUCCUGCUCUAGCCACCACUGCACCACCCCCUCCACCACCACCAUCUCCUGCUCUGGCCACACCACCCAACCUCACGCCUUCAUCCAAUGACGAGGCUCUGGCACCACUAGAGAGCUUGGACAAGGCGCAGUCCAAGCUAUGCGGAUCGACAGAGUCCCCCUCCGAGGAUGAUGUUUCAGACUACUUCAUCGACAAGCCGAAGGCGAAGAGGUUUGGGAGCAGUUCAGACGAGGUCGAGGAUGAGGACGAAGAGUAUCUUGAUUUGUUUGUGCGGAACAUUUCAGUUAGAAAUAGUGAAAAGAGGAAAAGCAAUGGCUGUACUUACAUGAGCAUUGAAGAAAUGGCUGCCACGGGGGGCGUCUCGUACAGCCUGCUCACCGUUCUGGCCACUGCCCUCGCCUCCCAGGUAAAGAAAGACGACAAGGUGUGGAACGCAUUCAUCAAUGAGCCAACGAGGGCCAAGAAGGCCCAGACGAGCUCAUCGGAGGAGAACGAGGAAGACGACACCGACACCGAUGCUGAUGAUAGCGGCGACAAUGACGACGAUAGCUACGACGACGAUGAGGACGACAUCAGUGACGAUGGCGGCGACGAGGACGGUGAUGAGGCUGCAAACUUCCAUUCGUGGGUCGAGUUUCAACUCAAGCACGACGAGUUAGCUAGGUUAGUCGAUGCGUGA